UGAUAUGACUUAUAAAGUUAAAGUAUGAUGCUAUGAAAUAAGUUUUUUUAGAGGAGGAUGCUAAAAAAUAUGAAGCCUAUUUGGCUGCUCUUAAGCAACUUCGAAAGUCUUCGUUCGUAGAGGUUACUCCGAGAGAAAAACACAGAAAUCAGGAAUCCAAGAAACAAGCGUUACUAGAUGGUAUAUCAGGUACUUGGAGUACUGUCCAACAGGCGACAAGAAUUGCGAUCAUAGCGUCCCUGGUGCCGGAUGAGAUUAUUUACAGACAUUCAGACCAUUCCGUUAGAAGUUAUGAGACCGCGCUCAUGUUUAUAGAUGUCUCUGGUUUUACCAAGCUAUGUGAGACUUAUACGAAAACCGGUGGUGGCCCUUCGAGGCUUACCCAAGUUCUUAAUUCUUACAUUGGUGCUAUGGUUCAAGAAAUUUUAACGCAUAAGGGGGACGUUUUAAAGUUUUCUGGCGACGCCUUUUUAUCAAUGUGGAAGAAAUCUCCCCGAUUAAACAUGCAAGAUGUCGUUCAUACCGCUAUUGACUGUGGUUUGUUAAUUCAAAAAAAUUACGGAAGAUACAUGACUGACGUUGGAGUGGUUCUAAAAGUCAAAGUCGCUAUAUCCGCCGGUUUGUCCCAUUUUUCUAUAAUCGGUGGUGGUAAUAUAUCCCAAACGCAAUACGUAAUAGUCGGUCAGCCGGUGUGGGACGUCAAAAUGGCGGAAUAUAUGAGUGCAGCUGGUGACGUUUUAACGUCAGCCAGUGCUUGGAUGUAUGUCAAUGAGGCGGAAUAUUGCACACAGCCAUGCGGAGAUGGUAGACAUACUAAGGUAUUGGGUGUUGGCGCUUCUUGGAAAAGAGUAGAGAAACUGCGUUUUUCUCUAGGAAUGAAUAAAGAAACAGACUUCUUUAGCAACGAAAAUUUAUCAGUUGAAAAUUUUUCUGUUUCCGGCAUUAAUUAUCGAGAGUAUGCACGUAAGUUACAAAAUUAAUAAAUUAGAUUAAA